AUGAGUAUUCAUUGUUCAAAAAGUCAUUUCUUAGAAAGAUUUCUACGUAAAAAAAUUUCCGAAAAAAAUUUUUCACGAACUUUUGCCAUUGUCGAACCUCAAAAACAAAAAGUUUCAAAAAUCCGGAGCGUGCCUGAUCACAUCGAGGCCCCCACAUACGUGAAAAGUUACAAGCAGUAUUUACAAGAAGUUAAGCCAAUAUUUAAUAAAAAGAAAACGCCUGAGGAUAUCGCUAAUCACCGUAGUGCGUGCAAACUCGCCAGACGUAUUUUAGAUGAAAUAGGCAAAUUAGUGAAACCAGGUGUUACGACUGAUCAUUUAGAUUCGGUUGCCCAUCAACUUUGUAUCGAAAAUAAUGCUUAUCCAUCUCCAUUGUUGUACCGUAAAUUUCCUAAAUCAAUUUGUACGUCCGUGAAUAACGUGGCCUGCCACGGCAUUCCCGAUGAUCGGCCACUGCAGAAUGGAGAUGUCAUCAAUAUCGAUGUGACGGUUUAUAAGAAUAAUCAUCAUGGUGAUGUUUCAUAUACGUACCCAGUUGGAGAUAAUGUAGAUAACACUGCCUUGCAUCUGAUUAGUGUUGCUAAACUUUGUAGGGAUGAGGCAAUCAAAAUUUGUAGGCCGGGGCAAAGGUUUAAUGCCAUUGGUAAGGUUAUUAGCGAAAUAGUUAGGCAGAAUAACAUGACAGUAGUCCCAGAUAUCUGUGGGCAUGGUAUAGGUCAGUUUUUUCAUGGGCCCCCUGAAAUCAUACACACUGCCAAUGACGACGAAGGCACAAUGAAAGAGGGAAUGACUUUUACAAUUGAGCCGGUAGUAUGCUUAGGUGAGCCAGAUAUAGAGGUAUUAAACGAUGGUUGGACUAUUGUAACGCGUGAUAACUCAAUGAGUGCACAGUUUGAACACACCAUCCUUAUAACUUCUGAUGGCUUUGAGAUAUUAACGUUAUAA